AUGGGGCAGCACUUUCUGUUCCACCGCGAUCUGGUGGCUGCUACGGCCGUUCACCACGCAGUUAACUCGCGGCUCUCAAGCGAUCUACAGGCAGAUUUAGUGCUUGUCGGCCCCCAAUGGCUCCGUAUCUACCGCGUGGAGCCUUCUCCGAGCCCCUGGAGCGUCGUAGAAGUCUCCAAAGGCCAUGUCCUUCACCUUAUGGCCUCCUUCCCCUUAGCAGGAGUGGCGGAGAGCGUCCACGUGCUCAAAUUCGACCGCAGUCUACUCAGAAAGAAGCAUCGCUUCCUAGGAGGCGAUGAAGUGCUGCUACUCACGUUCCCGCUGUUUAAAUGGGUCAUUGUGGGCUACGACAGACGCUUACGAAGUCUCGCGACGCUCGCCAUGUUCUCCUUCGAGGAGGACGCUAUCGGACCUGGAGCUACGCUGAAAGGAGAGAAGAAUGGCCGGGAACAGCUGCUGGGACUCGCCACGCAAGCGUCCGCCCGCGUAGACCCACAGACACGCUGUGGAGCCAUGCUCGUGUACUCGGACCAGCUGGUUAUUGUACCCUUUCGAAGCGAAUCGAUGGAGUUAUCGUUCUUCGAAGAAGACGACGAAGACUUUGACGAUGGAGAACAGGGAGCGACAACUGCAGACUCGGAAGAAGAAGACGACGACGAGGAAGAGAAGAAACUUGAGGAGCUAGUGAACGAGAGCAAGCACAGAGGAGUCACGAGCGACAUGAACAACACGCUGAACGCCUUACUGGACAAGAGCGUCAAGGUCGGAGCCAAACGCAAGAGAAACCACAUGAGUGGCCUCAUGCCGAACGACAUAACCGGGCGAGAAUUCCUCCUUCGACUACGAGAAGUGGAGAUUACGGGCAAAGUGAUCGAUCUGGCCUUCCUGGACGGCUACUUAGAGCCCACGUUGAUGGUGUUGCACGAGGAGAACGACAAGAACUCGACGUGUGGACGGCUAGCUGUGGGCUUUGACACGUACUGCUUGACUGUCAUCUCCAUCAACAUGAAGACGAGACUUCACCCGAAGAUCUGGACUGUCAAGAACCUCCCGUCCGACUGUUUCCGAUUGAUCCCGUGUCGUGCACCGCUUGGUGGAGUCGUGGUCUUGUCGGCCAAUGCGAUCCUGUACUUUAACCAGACGCAGUUCCAUGGCUUAGCGACGAAUGUGUUUGCGAGCAAGACGGUGAACCAGUCAGUGUUCCCUCUCAGCGAGGCCGUGUACGAGACUCCCGAGCACGAGACGGUGCAGCUGAAUGUGGUGCUGUACGACUGCCAGUUCGAGUAUUUGCAAGAGAAGGAGCUGUUGUUGACGAUGCCUAGUGGACAAGUGUACGUGCUGUCGCUGCCCUAUGAAGACACGUCGAGUCGUGGACUGUAUGGCUUCGGUGGAGUAUCGUCAGGUCGCAAUGCGUCGCUAUCGCUACGAAUGCUUCGGUCUAGUAUUCAGGCAAGCUGUGUGUGUAUCGAUGACGAGAAGCAGACGCUGUUUAUCGGCUCACGGUCAGGCGAUUCUGUGCUUUUUGCGCUGGACAAGAAGAAGUUGGUUACUGCCACGGAGGAAGAGCAAAAAGACGAGGAAAUGCCGAUCAAAGAGGUGGUAAUAAAGCAGGAAUCUGCCCCGGAGAUCAAGUCGGAGCCAGCUGAGGAGGAAGAGGAAGACGAAGAUGAUUUGUUCCUGUAUGGUGCAGCUCCUACGAAGGAAGAGCCUGCAGCUACGAGCUCUACUGAGUGUACUAACGGCGUGGGUGUAUCGAGUGUGAAGACAGAGGAGAAUGGCGCGCCUGAGCAAGACACUGGCUCGUACGACUACGAGCUGCGACAGAUUGAUGUGCUACCCAGUAUCGGACAGAUCACCUCGAUUGAGUUAGGCGUCGAGAACAACGCAGACUCGAAUGAAAAGCGUGAGGAGCUGGUGAUCAGCGGAGGAUAUGAACGUAGCGGCGCCAUCUCCGUGCUGCACAAUGGCCUGCGACCAAUUGUAGGCACCGAAGCAGAGCUGAAUGGCUGUCGAGCCAUGUGGACAGUGUCGUCGUCUUUACCGUCAGCAACCAGAAGCUCGGACGGACGGAGUUAUAAUGCGUAUUUGAUACUGAGUGUUGCUCAUCGGACAAUGGUACUGCGCACUGGCGAAGGUAUGGAGCCUUUAGAGGACGACAGUGGCUUUUACACGUCUGGGUCUACGCUUGCGGCGGCGAAUCUGUUCAACAAGCAGCGCAUUGUUCAGAUAUUUAAACAAGGCGCACGUGUGAUGAUGGAAGUACCGGAAGAGGAGACAUCCAAUGGACAAGAGAAGUCUGCAAAGACAGAAGGUGCAGAGGACGAAGAGGAAGACGACGAGGAUGACGGACCCAGAGUCAAGUUGGUGUGUACACAAGAGAUCACGUUGGAGGGUGACGUCGAGUGUGGAGGCAUGAACGUGGACACUUCUAGCGUCGGAAUCGUGUCGGUGGAUGUCGUGGAUCCGUAUAUUCUUCUACUGUUGACUGACGGCUCCGUUCGUCUGCUGAUGGGAGACGAAGAAGACUUGGAGCUGUCGGUGAUUGACCCGGAAAUCGACUACGCGGAAGGCAUUUCUGAGGCCAAUGGAAGUGCCGAUAUGUCCAAGCACGGCAGCAGUUCUGCGUGUCUCUUCUACGAUUGGGCUGGUAUGUUCGUUGAGAACGCGUGGGUAGAAGAAGAGCAGGAGGAGCGUCACGAGGCUACACAGAGCAGAGCAAAACGCGCAGAGGACGACGAUGAUAUGGACGCGUUGUACAGCAGCAAACCGAGCCCCAAGGUGGCCACGACGAACGCUACCAAGUCGACGCCAAGCACAGCUACACCGAGGAAUGAGGACGGGUCUGUGUCGAUCCCGUUAUUACAGCAAAAAGACGCCAAGAUGAUGUGUGGCAUGUGCUUCGGAGAUGGUUCUCUGCAUGUGUUUUCUCUCCCUGACUUUAAGAAGCGAGGCGUGUUCCCCUACCUCACGUUUGCCCCGCAGUCUUUGGUGAACACACUGGAACACUACCAAGUGGGCAGGAACAAGACAGUCAAGUUGUCAGCCCCCGUUCUUGGGCUCAAUGCGUCGACGUCGUCAGCAAACGACGGUCGCAUCAAGAAAUCGCACACGAUCAACUCGCCAGUAGCAGACAUCGUCAUUCAUCGUGUGGGGCCAAGUGAAGGGCAGCACAACGCGCAGUAUCUCUCUCGCAUGGUGAUGCUGGUGUUUCUAGCCAACGGCGACUUGCUCAUGUACUCGGCUGCACCAAAGUUCGAGAGUUUAAAGCCUCGAGCCAACGGAGAAAUCGCCCCCGUCUUCCAUUUCGUACGCGUGGGGACCGAGCUGAUCACGCGCCCAUUUCUGCCCCCCAAGGCGCGUACGAAUGCGCACAAUGAAGCUGGCAAUAACCCGGAAGUCAACACUAGCGCAGUGCUAGCGAAACUUCGCGCCGGCUUCCGGUAUCCCAUGCUGACGUGCUUCCACAACGUCAACAAUAUGAGCGGCGCGUUCUUCCGAGGAGCUCACCCGAUGUGGAUUCUGGGAGACCGUGGCCACGCGUCCUUCGUCCCCAUGUGCAACGCCGCGCCUCGAGUGAGUGUGCCAGUGCUGAGUUUCACGUCGUUCCACCAUUGGAACUGUCCGAAUGGCUUCAUCUACUUCCACUCCCGCGGUGCGCUGCGAGUGUGCGAGCUUCCGUCCAGUAAAACGUCGACGAUCCUGCCUUCCAGCGGCGGGUUUGUGCUCCAGAAGGCGGAGUUUGGAGCAACGUUACACCACAUGCUGUACUUGGGCAGUCACGGUCCCGGAGGUGUGGCAGAAGCGCUUGAAGCGCCAACGUAUGCUGUCGUUUGCAGCGCCAGACUGAAGCCAGCCGACGCAGAUCGAGCCACGGAAGUGGAAGGCGCAGAGGAGGAGCUGGAACCGGAGAACUUGGACCCGAACGGGAACCCUCUCGGCAGUAACGUGAUGGCGCCGACCGCCGAAAUGUUCGCGGACUACGAGACCGACCACAUGGCGCACACUGAAGAAGACGUGUACGAGUUGCGCUUGGUACAGACGGACGAGUUCGGCGAGUGGGGACGUCGUGGAGUGUUUCGUGUCCACUUUGAGCGCUACGAGGUGGUGCUCAGUGUGAAGCUCAUGUAUCUGUACGACUCGUCUCUGAUGAAGGAGGAAGUGGCGUCGACGUCUCCGGAGUGGAACAAGAAGAAGCGUCCGUACUUGGUGGUUGGCACGGGCUGGGUGGGUCCCCAUGGCGAGGAUGAAAGCGGUCGUGGUCGCCUGCUGCUGUACGAACUUGACUACGCGCAGUACGUAAACGAGGAAGGCGGCGCGACAAGUGGGAAGCUGCCCAAGCUGCGACUGGUAUUCAUCAAGGAGCACAGACAGGGAGCCAUCUCCAUGGUCUCGCAGCUCGGCCCGUACGUGUUGGCCGCCGUGGGCUCCAAGCUCAUCGUGUACGAGUUCAAGUCGGAGCAGUUGAUCGGCUGUGCGUUCUACGACGCGCAGAUGUACAUCGUGACACUCAGUGUGGUCAAGGACUUUGUCAUGUACGGAGACGUCUACAAGAGCGUGCAUUUCUUGCGUUGGAGGGAGAUGCAGAGGCAGUUGGUGCUGCUAGCCAAGGACUAUGAACCUCUGGCGGUAUCUGCGACAGAGUUUAGUGUGUUUGAGAAGAAACUGGCGCUGCUAGCGGUGGAUAUGGACGAGAACCUGCACGUGAUGCAGUUCGCCCCGCAGGAUAUCGAGUCUCGCGGUGGCCAGCGUCUGCUGCGCGUGAGCGACUUCCACUUGGGCGUCCAAGUCUCGAGUAUGUUCCGGAAGCGGGUGGAUGCGUCUGGAUCGGUGGUGUCGGCUACAAACGGUCGCAAUGCAGCGCCUCUGUCCAACUACGUGAACGUCAUGGGCACGUCGGAGGGAGGCGUCGGCGCUCUGGUUCCUGUCGGCGAGCGCGUCUUCCGUCGUCUCUUCACGUUGCAGAACGUUAUGGUGAACACGCUGCCUCAGAACUGUGCGCUGAAUCCACGGGAAUUCCGCAUGCUCAAGACCAACGCGCAGCGACGAUGUGGCAGACCGGACGCUUGGAGCAAGAAGAAGUGGAAGAAGAGCUUCCUGGACGCCUUCGUGCUGUUCCGGUUCCUGCAACUGGACUAUGUGGCGCAGAAGGAGCUUGCACGCUGUAUUGGUACCACGCCCGAGGUGGUUAUGCACAACCUGCUCGAGGUGCAGCACGCCACGUCGACGUUUCUCUAGAAAGAUCCAGCUCGCUGCAUCGGUACAGUAGUCGAUAACCUGCUGGAAGUGCAGCAGCCCACUCCGACGUUUUCAAAACCAUAAGAAGUGAAUUUGUCAUGCCUUAAAAUGAACGGUAGCACUUGAACACCCUAACUAAA